CCGGCUCUCGGUGGUGCGGGAGCGGGAGGGAGCAGCGGCCGCUCUGGUCGGCGGACGUGCUGCCGAGCAGUCCCGGAAGCGAAGCAGCGAUGGCGGAGAGUCCAACUGAGGAGGCGGCGACGGCGACGGCGGGCGCCGGGGCGGCGGGCCCCGGGGCGAGCGGCGUCGCCGGUGUUGUUGGCGUUAGCGGCAGCGGGUUCGGGCCGCCUUUCCUGCCGGAUGUGUGGGCGGCGGCGGCGGCGGCGGGCGGGGCCGGGGGGCCGGGGAGCGGCCUGGCUCCGCUGCCCGGGCUCCCGCCCUCGGCCGCUGCCCACGGGGCCGCGCUGCUUAGCCACUGGGACCCCACACUCAGCUCCGACUGGGACGGCGAACGAACCGCGCCGCAGUGUCUACUUCGGAUCAAGCGGGAUAUCAUGUCCAUUUAUAAGGAGCCUCCUCCAGGAAUGUUCGUUGUACCAGAUACUGUUGACAUGACUAAGAUUCAUGCAUUGAUCACAGGCCCAUUUGACACUCCUUAUGAAGGGGGUUUCUUCCUGUUCGUGUUUCGGUGUCCGCCCGACUAUCCCAUCCACCCACCUCGGGUCAAACUGAUGACAACGGGCAAUAACACAGUGAGGUUUAACCCCAACUUCUACCGCAAUGGGAAAGUCUGCUUGAGUAUUCUAGGUACGUGGACUGGCCCCGCCUGGAGCCCAGCCCAGAGCAUCUCUUCUGUGCUCAUCUCCAUCCAAUCCCUAAUGACUGAGAACCCCUAUCACAAUGAACCUGGCUUUGAGCAGGAGAGACAUCCAGGAGACAGCAAAAAUUACAAUGAAUGUAUCCGGCAUGAGACCAUCAGAGUGGCGGUCUGUGACAUGAUGGAAGGAAAGUGUCCCUGCCCUGAGCCCUUACGAGGCGUGAUGGAGAAGUCCUUUCUGGAGUAUUACGACUUCUAUGAGGUGGCCUGCAAAGAUCGCCUACACCUUCAAGGCCAGACUAUGCAGGACCCUUUCGGAGAGAAGCGUGGCCACUUUGACUACCAGUCCCUCUUGAUGCGUCUGGGACUGAUUCGUCAGAAAGUGCUGGAGAGGCUCCAUAAUGAGAACGCCGAAAUGGACUCUGAUAGCAGUUCGUCUGGGACAGAGACAGACCUGCACGGGAGCCUGAGGGUUUAGACCCUGCUCCCCUCUCCCCUCCCCCCACUCAAGAGUCCCAGCCAAGUCCCUCCCCCCCACCCCAGGGACGGAGAGGCACUGUGUAUCUCCCUCCAAACGUGAUGUCAUCCCGCAAGAUGGCAAGAACCAAGCCAGCUCGGAUCCCAGGGCGCAGGAGUGGGGAGGCUCUUCCGCUCUGACCUCCCCGGCUCUCCAGCCCCCAGGGCUGUUCAUCCCGUAGCAGGGGCCACGGUACCUAUGCAGGAGCACCUCCAGGGCGAGGGCCUCUGGCAAAAACAAAACAACCGACACACCUCUGCACAGGGCCAGCUCCUUAGGGACAGGUGGGGGAUAGAAGCCGGAAGUCCAGGAGGGAGUGUGCCCGAAUGCUUUAUGGGGAUAUCUGGAAGGGAGCUCUGGGUGGGGGGCUGUCUGUGACACUUAAGCAGUCUGGGUGGUUGUCUGUCUGUCUGCAGUCUUGAAGCAGGGCUUCCCGAUGCCCUUUUUCCUCCCUGCCUCCUCUGCCCUUACUUCCCAUGGGCCAGCAUAAUUUUGUUUUUCCUAAUUUAUAGUCACUGUUCUAGACAGACCAAAGAGAAGGAACAGUGGUGGAGUCUAGGCUGCUGAUCAGUAAGCUUUACCUAGCACCUGAGCACCUUUCUCCUCUGCUCCCCACCCCCCAUUCCCUUGCCCAUUUCUAGAUUUAAGACAGAAGGUAAAUGUGACCAGGACUGAACCGAGGUCUUGGUAAAGCCUGCACAGGCAGCACGAGAAGCUGAUUUUGUUCCCGCAAUCACUGAUUUGAAAAGUUCCCAACACAGCCGCUGUGUGUGGGGAAUGAGAGCCACUAUGUAGAAUAGUCUCUUUCAGAUUUUCGUAAAUCCUAGCCACGAUGAUGAGGGGGUUCCCCGGGGGGCGGGGUGCAGUGGGGAGACUGACGCUAGCCCUGUUGUGUUCUGUUUGGCUGUCCUUGUGUAUUUUUACCCCAGCCUCCAGUGCCCCCCCUUCACUUCAGUGCCCAGAAACGCGUGGGGAGCAAGGGUCGCCAAGGGCAGAGGGACUAGGGCUGGGACUCUGGGCUCCUCCUGCCUCCCUUCCUUCCCCCACCCCCCCUGCUGCUCUGUCACCAGCUCCCAUGGGCAUUCGCCUGGCUGUGUUGCUUCUCUGUAUCUAGCUGCAGUGGUCCUUUAGUGGGCUGGCUCAGAAAAAUGUGCUUUAGGUGCCCCAUUGUACUGGGCACCAAGGAAAUCCAGCCUUCCCCUUUUUGGUGUGUUCUCCCCCAUACUUUCCAGAUUCUUACUGUUAUGGCUCCCAGUGGGGUGUUGGUGAUCCAUGUGACGCAGGGCCUCGGUCAGUAUCCAGCCACAUGUAAGGGAGAGGAUAACCAUACCUGCCCUGCCUGCUGCUGGGGAGCCCUCUGCCCAGGGGCCGGGGGACUUCCCUGGGGGAGCUUGGGAGGGGUUGGACGCAGAGGAAAAUGUUCUACUUGGGAGGGCAGGAAGCAAAGAAACUGGACAGAAGUGGGCUUGGGGAACGGAAGUUUAUCUCGGAUACUUAAAACUGGGUCUCUUAAUAGGGAGAUUUCAGAAAGGGACCCUGCUUCCAAUUUCCCUCUUCCACUCCCAGAACUCGUACAGGGCUUAGAAGAAUGCCCUUGGUCUGUUGGUCCAGUGGUCGUCUGUCAUCCAUUUAAGUGUUCCCACUUUCAAGUGACAAUCCUCUCCUUGGCCCUGCCGUGGGCAGAGCAUGUCUGGCACACCAGCCUGACUUUUAUGCCCUAAUCUUGAGUUGAGGAAAUAUAUGCACAGGAGUCAAGAGAUGUCUUUAUAUCUGACUGUACAUAAAUGAAGUUUUUUUUUUUUUC